AUGACAGAUACUGAUUUGUUAUUUAAGGACAGAGUCGUUGUGGUGACAGGUUCGGGCGGUGGUUUAGGAAGGGUCUAUGCAUUGGAGUAUGCUAAGAGAGGUGCAAAACUCUUAAUUAAUGAUUUAGGUAAAACAACAAUCAACAGGCAAACAUAUAACGCUGCUGAUUUGGUUGUGAAAGAGAUUAAAGAAAAGUUUAAUGGUAUUGCAAUCGCUAAUUAUGAUUCUGUUGAUACUCGAGGCGAUAGAAUUAUUGAACAAGUGAUUAAUGAAUGGGGUAGAAUCGAUGUUUUAAUUAAUAAUGCGGGCAUCUUAAGAGAUAAAGCAUUUAAUAAUAUGACAGAAAAGGAGUUCACAAAUGUACUUGACGUCCAUUUAAAUGGUUCUUAUAAAUUAACUAAGAAAGCUUGGUCGUAUAUGAAGGAACAAAAUUUUGGCAGAAUUAUAAAUACUUCUUCGCCAGCUGGUUUAUUUGGAAAUUUUGGCCAAGCAAAUUACUCUGCUGCAAAAAUGGGUUUAGUUGGUUUUGCAGAGACAUUAGCAAAAGAAGGCUAUAAAAAUAAUAUUAUGGUUAACUCAAUUGCUCCAUUGGCAAGAUCAAAAAUGACAGAAAAUGUGAUUCCAAAACAUAUUUUGAAAAAUUUAGGGCCUGAAAAAAUUGCACCUUUAGUAUUGUAUUUGACUCAUGAGACAACAAAAGUAACAAACUCGAUUUUUGAAUUAGCUGCUGGUUUCUAUGGUCAAAUUAGAUGGGAAAGAUCUGCCGGUCAAAUCUUCAAUCCAACUGAUGAAAAUUAUUUCACUCCAGAGGCAAUUUUAAAUAAAUGGGAUGACAUUACUGAUUUUAAAACUGAUAUUAAACCUUUCAAUAAAAAAUCUCAUCCGGUUGAAUUAUCAGACUAUAAUGCUCUAAUUACCAAGGCAAAGGCGUUACCAAUACAAAAUGAUCAAGGUAGUUUGAAAAUUAAUUCGAUUAAAGGUAAAGUAGUUAUCAUUACAGGAGCAAAUUCUGGUUUAGGUAAAUCUCAUGCCAAAUUUUUUGCCAAAUAUGGUGCAAUGGUUGUUAUCAAUGAUUUAACUGAUUCAUCGGAGUUUGUUAAUGAAUUAAAUAAACAAUAUGGUCAAAAAAUUGCUAUAUCUGAUACUCACAAUAUUAUUACAGAAUCAAAUAAAAUUGUAGAGAAUGCAAUUAAAAAUUUUGGCAAAAUUGAUGUAUUGGUUAAUAAUGCUGGUAUCUUAAGAGACAGGUCUUUUCUUAAAAUGACUGAUAAAGAAUGGAAUGAUGUGAUUGCUGUUCAUUUAUUGGCAACUUUUACUAUGACUAAAGCAGUAUGGCCACAUUAUUUACAAAACAAAGGAAUGAGUUAUAUUAUUAAUACUACAUCAACUUCUGGUAUUUAUGGUAAUUUUGGGCAGGCAAAUUAUGCAGCAGCAAAAUCAGCUAUUAUUGGGUUCUCAAAGUCAACUGCAAUUGAAGGUUUCAAGAAAAAUAUUAGAGUUAAUGUUAUAGCUCCACAUGCUGAAACAUCGAUGACGAAAACAAUUUUCGGAGAAAAAGAAUUAAACAAUCAUUUUGAAGCGUCGCAAGUGUCACCUUUUGUCGUUUUACUGGCAUCUGAUGAAUUGCAAUUAAAAAAUAAGAAAAAAGGUGGUGUGACUGGACAAUUAUAUGAAGUUGGUGGAGGUUGGUGUGGCCAGACUAGAUGGCAAAGAGCUUCUGGCUAUAUAGCAUUAAAAGAUGAUAUUAAACCAGAAAUGAUUAGAGACAAUUGGAAAUCAGUAGUUAAUUUUUCUAGUGGAACCACAAAUCCGUCUAGUACUACCGAAUCAUCGAUGUCAAUACUUCAAAGUAUUCAGAAUGCACAAAGUUCUGCAUUAAGAGCAAAAUCAGAUGGAAUUUUUAAAUAUACUUUUAAGGAUUCUAUUCUUUAUAAUCUUGGACUGGGUUGCACUGCAAGUGAAUUAAAAUACGUUUAUGAAAAUGAUCCAAGUUUCCAAAUUUUGCCAACAUUUGCUGUCAUUCCAUUUAUGAAUUCUACAGCUUCCUUGGAUUUUACAAAACUAUGUGACAAUUUUAAUUAUGCUAUGUUAUUACAUGGUGAACAAUAUUUCAAGUUACAUUCUACUAUUCCAACUAAGGGAGAAUUCAAAACAGUUGUCAAACCGGUUCAAGUCUUAGAUAAGAAUGGCAAAGCUGCAGUAAUUGUUGGAGGAUCAGAAACAUAUGAUGUUAAAACAAAUAAAUUGAUUGCCUACAAUGAAGGUACCAUGUUUAUUAGAGGCGCAUCAGUUCCGAAAGAUAAAAUAAUCAAAGGAGAAAAUAGAGCCAAGUUUGCAAUGACAGAUUUCAAAGCUCCUAAAGAUAGAAACCCCGAUUUUGAAGUUGAAAUUGACACUACUCAAGACCAAGCUGCGUUGUAUAGAUUGUCUGGUGAUUACAAUCCAUUGCAUAUCGAUCCAGUACUAGCUAAGAGUGUUAAAUUUCCUAAACCAAUUUUACAUGGAUUGUGUACUUUAGGAGUUUCAGCAAAAGCCUUAUUUGAAAAAUUUGGUCCAUAUACGGAAUUAAAGAUUAGAUUUACCAAUGUCGUUUUUCCUGGUGAAAAGCUAAAGGUGAAAGCAUGGAAGCAACCUGCAGGCGUCGUUGUAUUUCAAACUAUUGAUGUCAACAGAAACGCUGUGGUUUUGGACAAUGCUGCGAUCAAAUUAGCUGGAUCUUCAUCAAAGUUUUAA